UAUUUCUGUCAUAGAUUUGUUUAUACGUUUUGGUGUUGUGAUUAGAUUUAAUUAGUUUAAAUGGCUCAACGUUUUCCCGGUGCCGUACCGAAUCAGGGCCCACCAGGCCCCCCGCAACAGCGCUAUGCGCCACCACAGCAGCCAGGAAUGCGACAAUACCCAACACAAUCUUAUCCUGUUCAACAACGGACAGGUUACACACCCCCACCGGCAAUGGGCACAAGUGGCGGUACAAUGAUGCAACGUCCCCCACAGCAGCCGUAUUCUCCAAUGCGGGGUGGGCCUAUUCCUCCUCAACCCGGAGUAAAACGCCCCACUGACACUCGUUCACUGCAGCAGAAGGGAGAGUACACUCAUGGCACCAAUAAAAAGAAAAAGAAAUUGGCAGAUAAAAUCUUACCACAAAAAGUUCGCGAUUUGGUCCCAGAGAGUCAAGCCUACAUGGAUCUACUUGCGUUCGAACGCAAGUUAGAUUCAACUAUAAUGCGAAAAAGACUCGAUAUUCAAGAGGCCUUGAAAAGACCCAUGAAACAGAAACGUAAAUUAAGAAUUUUUAUUUCUAACACCUUUUAUCCUAGUAAAGAACCGGUGGCGGAUGGUCCCGAAGGUCCAGGACAAGAAGGAUCUGUAGCAUCAUGGGAGUUACGUGUUGAAGGUAGACUUUUGGAAGAUUCAAAAACUGAUCCGAAUAGAGUCAAACGAAAGUUUUCCUCAUUUUUUAAGUCACUUGUGAUAGAACUUGACAAGGAGCUUUAUGGUCCUGAUAACCAUUUGGUCGAGUGGCAUCGUACGUUAACAACUCAGGAAACUGAUGGAUUUCAGGUGAAACGACCUGGUGAUAAAAAUGUUCGCUGCACAAUCUUGUUGUUGUUGGAUUAUCAACCCUUACAAUUUAAACUGGAUCCACGACUUGCUCGCUUGCUAGGUGUACACACUCAAACUCGUCCUGUAAUCAUUUCUGCACUUUGGCAAUACAUUAAGACUCAUAGGCUACAAGAUUCACACGAACGCGAAUUUAUAGUGUGUGACAAAUACUUGGAGCAGAUAUUUGGCUGUCAGAGAAUGAAGUUUGCCGAAAUUCCGCAGAGAUUGAAUCCUCUGCUUCACCCACCCGAUCCGAUUGUAAUCAAUCAUGUGAUUUCAGUGGAGGGGGGUUCUGAAAGCAAGCAAACUGCUUGCUAUGAUAUUGACGUUGAGGUGGACGACACUUUGAAAACCCAGAUGAACAACUUUCUACUAAGCACAGCCAGCCAGCAAGAAAUUCAAGGUCUUGAUUCGAAAAUACACGAAACUGUCGACACCAUUAAUCAAUUGAAGACUAACCGUGAAUUUUUCUUGAGUUUCGCAAAGGAUCCCCAACAGUUUAUACAUAAAUGGAUUAUUUCACAAAUGAGAGAUUUGAAGUGCAUGACUGAUGUGGUUGGUAAUCCCGAAGAGGAACGGCGUUCUGAUUUCUUCUACCAGCCCUGGGCUCAAGAGGCAGUAUGUCGAUAUUUUUAUACUAAGGUGCAGCAGAAACGAGCCGAACUUGAGCAGGCUCUAGGAAUUCGUAACAAUUGAAAAUCUAAUGGUAGCAGAUUAGCAACGAGAUGCUUUUGAUUAGUAGUGAUUUGUUGUGAAUGGAUUUAUUGUUCUUAUUGUGUUAGGUGUUUAAGCUUGUAAGAAUAAUAAAAUAAAAUGUAUGCUUUCA